AUGUUCCGGGGUGGGGGUAGAGGGGCUGCCAGAAUCACAGCACACAAGAAAGAAGAAAAUGGAGAAGCUGCGUUGUUACAUGCCCUUGCCAAUCUUUUGCGCGAUUAUAAGCCAGAAGCAUCUGACAAGCGACCGCAUCACCCAGCCUCCAAGACAAAGCCAUCAAGACAGCAAGCACCAGCCGAUGCUGCACAGGAGGGCCAACCCUCACCAGGAAACAAGCCUGACACAUCCGAGCAAAAGCUUCUCCAAUCUCUUGAGCGGAUCAUUGCCCGGGCACAGCGAGAGCCAGGUUCUCUUUUGCGUAGGCUCACUGGUCUUGUUCACACCGCUUCGCAGCAACACAGCAAGCAAAACAAGAGCCAAAACUGGCAAGAGCAAAAGAAACGCCAAAACAAACGCAGCGCUACCCAGGAGCCGCAAAAAAAGAAGGCUAAGUAUGACCCGAAUUCCGAACCCAAAGGAAAGGGUGCAGCUGCCAAAGGCGACAAGCCUGUUUCACAGCAACGCUCUAAUGACACCACAUGGGCUGAUGUGGUCAAGAACAAACCCAACCAAACCCUGGACAAAGGAAAGGGGCAAGGUUUCAGCCAAAAACAUAAAAAUAGCGCCCCAGCCCAAUCCAAGGGCCUCUCUAAACACGGCCCCAAAGGCCAAAAAGAAAGUCAGUGGACUCUGCUGGAAAGCGCAUGGGCCAAGGGCGCUUUGGUGCCCUUUGUCAAAGUCAAAGAAAAACUUGAAGCCGGGCAGUCACCAGAUGGAUUGGCUUGCGUGUGCCAGACCUUGCUUCAAGUUCAGGAUUUACAGCGUCUUGCCACGCUACACAAACUUGCAGAAAAGGGUUUUGCUUUGAUUUUAGCGCCAGACAAGACCAAAGCGGGUGAAUCCAAACCGGUGUAUUUGCCCACCUAUGAGAAAGGCCGUGUUUCCAUUCGCCAAUUUUGUGUUUUCCCCUUGCUGAAGACCCUGCCAACCAUGCCUACGCAGAAAGCUAGAGCCACGCAAGUUUCAGCUGAGAGAGCCGCUUUGGCAACUUUCCGCCUCACUGUUCCUAAAGUCAUGGUGACUCGUGAUUUGUGGGAGACUUUGAAGUGCAACCCCAGAAGUUUGGUCAACAAGACCUUUGGGGAAAAAAUCGUUCACUCAACGUAUGGGUGGAAAGAAGUCAAGUUUGCCAACAGAAAGCAAUCAGAACCUGAGAUCCUCUUGCAGGGCUUCCUGCGUUGCCCGGAGAAAUCUGUUGACCAGGUGCUGCAGCUCAGCGGCAAAGAUGGUAUCUUUGCUGACAGACUGACCAAUGAACGAAGCCCACGACCCAAUGUGUGGUGGAUCCCAAUCAAAGAAGGUGAAGACAUGACAAGCUACUUCACCAGAGCCACAGAGGAAGCCAAAAAGGGAAAUACCAACCUUUGUUUCCGUAAAGGUGGCAGCACAUGCCUCGGCCUUCGCCUCCAAGCCAAUAAAUCCAUCCCGCAGCUCCACGCAUGGACACUCCACGGUGCUCCCAGGCAUUGGUUUGGCCAGGAUGUGUUGCAAUGCUUAUUCGAUGCUGGAUGCAGCGAAGCAGCCAUCAUCAGACCACCGGGCAAGCAGAAGGCCUGGCUGGUCAAGGCCGUUGUGCCCGAUGAGAAUUCUCUUGGGGUCAUGGCCAUCCAUGCGGGAUCUCAAGUCAUGUACCUGAACCGUGUGAUUAACAAACAACGACGGUCAACUGAAGUCAUGACAGUGAUCCGCUCCAAAUACCCAGCCAAGAGCAUUCAAGUCAGCCCAGAUGAAGUUAACAAGAAAACGGUAGCCUCCAAGCCGGAGAGACCUCGCAGCCGGUCUCCCAACAAAGAGUCACAUGACAGUGCAAAAGACAAUUCAAAGGCGGCUCCCAGAGCCAAAUCUAAAGAAAAUGGUGUUUUCGCCAGAAUCGCAGAUAGAGUCACUUCUGUUGAUUGUGGGGGAGCAGGUAACUGCGGUUACAACUGCCUCGCGGCAGGCCUUGCCCUGGAUAAAGGCGAAACUUUUGAGCACUUCGAAGAGAUGCUGCACGCAAGAGGCAGAACUGUGAGAAACGAUAUUUAUAAACAUUUGGAAAAGCAUGCAAGUGAAUACACACCCUUCUUCACGCCUGCUGCAUCAAAUGAAAGUAUCGACGCCGGGCCAUCCCCCACCACUUGGAGUGAAUACAUGGAAUGCACUCUUCGUGAGGGACGUUGGAUCGACGGCAUCAGCCUCAAAGCUGCCAGCAAGAGAUUUGGAGUUCAAAUCAUCGUUGUGCCCUUGGAAGGUGAAGCUAAGGAUGAACCUAUGUCGUUUGGAGAAACUCGAUCAAGCCGUGAGCCCAUUGUUUUGAUUUUGAACGACCAGCAAGGCCAUUAUACAUUAGCGCAAUUGAAAGAAGGGCGACAGUGGCCCAAAGAAUGGAUCCAGGCGCCUCUUGCGUCUGUGGACAACCCCGCAUUUCGCGGUGGCGGGAAAGCAUGCUCAGUUGACACCCGUCAUUCUUGGAGAACAGCGGCUACUCCACAGGUGAGCCGUGCUAAGUCCGCCCAGAGCCACACCAGUCAGUGGCGACCGACAUCCACUCCAAAAACGGUGAAAGGAAAAAGCAAGACUCUGACAGCCAAAGAGCCCAGCCGACAUGCCUGGCGUUGUGUUGCCACGCCAUCGGCCACUGCCAAGUCUGAUCGGCGCCAUGAUCCGGCCUCCUCCAGACCAGCUCCGACUCGUGCAGACCCUGAAGCUGGAUCAGGUGCAGUCAAGGCCGGUCUCUCUGAGCAGUUUGUGUGGACUUGUAACCUUUGCAAGCAGGUACUCCGAUAUACCAAUAAGCGUAGUUUGAGCUGUGGGCGCAGACGUCAUGUGCAAAAGGCUCAUCCCAAGAAAAAGAAGUUAGUUGCCCCAUGCUUUCCUCGUCGCAACACAUGUUUGGAUCCCAUUGCUGAGGCUUCCGAAUAUCUUCCCUGCGAUCAAAGGGUAUGGUCAUGCCCAAAAUGUCACAAGGGCUUGCCGUCAAUGAAGCAGCACUUGUUGAAGAAAAGUCGUGAUAAGCAUAUCAUGCAAUGUUAUGGUUACACCAAAGCAAAGUUUCGAAAGCUUCGAUAUCGCAAUCCGGCAUGGAUCCAAGCCAAUUUGGAAGUUAACAGAGACAAUGCUGCAAAAACUAAGCAGAAAACAGAGGAUGCGCUCAAAGCCUAUAAUGAGCGCACUGCAACUCGAUCUUUUCGCAUUCCGCCCGCAUUCACCAGAGCUCAAGUGUCCUUUUUCAGUUGUGGCAUUUGCACUCAGAUCUUUCAGCGUUUUGCUAACCUCCGAAAACAUAAGUGUCCUGGCCAGAAAGGUCGGGCUGCCAUUUUGGCCAACCAUGGUAGGAAACGAAUGUGGAUGGUAUGCCGGCGUGAAAAUAAUGCAGAAAAGUUAGCCUUUUAUAUCCAUUCGUGGCAAAUCACCAGAACAGAGCUAAGCAUCAUCGAAAAACCACCUCGUGAUCGCAAAGACCAUCCAUUGCAACCAUGCCAAUGGAUUCGUGAUCUCUGCCAAGAUGGUGACGUCGAGCCAAACCCGGGCCCAGGUGAUCCGGGCCCCAUGAUGACUGGGCUCACGAUCAAUGCUGGCGGCCAAGACAACACAUGGUCUUGUGCCCGCUGGAUUGCCCAAGACCAGCCUGCAUUCGCAAUAAUCCAAGAGCAUUGCAUGUUGCCCGACAAGUGUGCCGAUCUCGCCAACUUCAUGACCCAACAUGGCUAUCGCAGCUGGUUUGCGGCCGUGCCACCGAUCCAACACCUUCGGGGUCAUCAGUACACAAUUGGCGGCGUGGCUUGUUUUGUAAGAAAAGAUAAAGGUGCCCGGCUGGUUCAACGGCAUGUUGCCAACGAUGGUCAGGCCCUUCUCUUGCAACUUGACCAUGCGUACUUGGCAGGGGCUUACCUACCACCUCGUGGCACCCCGGCUGAUGACAGCCUUGCUAUCUUGGAUGAGUGGGUUGCAUCUUGUAGCCAUAACGAGCCCAUUUUCGUUUGCGGAGAUUUCAACCAAGAACCUGACUUUGCUGACCGUUGGACAGCCUUAGCUGACCGCGGAGCUUGCCAAAUGGUCAGACAAGAAGACGGGACUCCCGCUCCCACACGAUGGGAAGGCCGCCGUGCUAUUGACUGGAUGUGGGCCUCCCAUCCUCACAUGAUCCAAACCGUUGAGUUUUCACAUACUGUCAUGGCGGACCACAAAGCGCUUUGUUUUACUUUGAACUAUUGUCAAGCCAAAGUUCAAUGUUUCAAGCAUGUCCCUACUCGCAACUUGACAAAGCCAGAAACUGUCCCACCGGACAAAUGGGCGGCUGCCCUCGAAGCCGCUUGGCAAAAUGCAGAAUGCCCAGCAGAAUCAUCCACACAACAGGAAUGGAUUGAAUUUUGCGGCAAUAUUGAAGAGACUUUCAAUGAAGCCGUGCAGCAAUGUGAGCUUACUUCUGCCAAGACCCACAGCAAAGCGGGUCGUCCUAAGGGUAGUGCAUUGCAAGUCAGACCCGUUGAGGCUACCACAUUCAGACUCAAACAGCAUGCCUCAUGCAGGGAGCUCAAAGCCCGUAAACUUUGGGGCCGUGUACGUGAAGCCAACUUGCGAUUGGCCCACCACGGCACUAUCCCUGCAGUCUUGUUGCAUCGGAUUUGGAACCACCCCUUGGUGCGUAAUCAAGAUUUCCAAUCCCUCCAUGAAAUUGAACAAUGGGCAGAACAUGAAGUGCAGGAAGUCGUGCGCCAGGAUCGCUUGACGAAAAUCCAAACCUGGCGACAGAACAUGCGCACGGACAUGGCCAAAGCGCGCCGAUGGAUCAGCAAACAAAACAAUCUGCCUGUCACUUCAGUGCACGACCCAAACCAUAAGGACAAUACUGCCACUGCCUCCAACCAUGAAUCUUUGGAGGCCAUCCACAGUUUUUGGAAUACCAUUUGGAAUCGCCAAAUGCCACCUGUUUCCGAAUCUUUUGAAGCCUGGCAGCAACAUACCCCCUCUAGGCCUGAGUUUCCUUGGACACCUCUGUCGGGCAAAGAACUUCACGCUAAUGCAUUGCGGCAGCAGGGUUCAGCUGCAGGUCCUGACGGCCUCAGUGGCAGUGAAAUUAGUCAGCUUCCAUUGAAAGCUUGGGAACAUCUCGCUAUUCUCUUAGCUCGCUGGACGGACCGUCAAGAGGUCCCUUCAGUUUGGCAAUCCACCAGACAAGUGCAUUUGCAAAAACCGGACGCAAAAUUGAGGCCCGCCGACGGGGCCAUCCAUGCCAAGGACCUUCGUCCAAUUAGCAUACAAUGCACAAUUUGGCGGAUCAUUGCGUCCACCUGGACAAGACGUAGAUCUACUCGAAAUUGGAUCAGCUCUUGGGUGCAUCCUACAGCUUGUGGAGGCGUGCAAGGUAGCGGUGUCGCCAAGGCAGUCGAUCUCCUUUUCCAAAAAUUCGAAAAAGGGGGUAUCUUGCUCAGCCUGGACUUUCAGAAAUGCUUCGAUACCAUCAAUCCCGCCUUGGGGCUUCAAUGCCUGAGGCAUUUUGGAUGCCCUCAGCAGAUGCUCAGAAUGCUUCAAGAAGUUUGGCAGCAAGAACGCUGGCUCACAUACAAUGGUGAAUAUUUGCAAGCUCCGGUCACUGUCACCUCAUCAUUGCCGCAAGGUGACGCCACCAGCCCGCUGACCAUGCUGGCGCUUAUGACCGGGCUUACCAAUCUAGUCCUUGCCCAAGAUAAUACUGCCUGUACUCUGGUGACCUUUUUGGAUGAUCGCAACAUGAUUGCCAGCAAUCCGAAGCAAGCAUACCAUCUCUGGCAAAUCUGGAAAUCCAAGUCUCAGCAGGUGGGUCUUUGGGAAAAUGAUAACAAGACCAAAGUUGUCCCCAGACGAGCUGUUUAUCGACAGCAGCUCAUCAACGAAGGGUUUUCUGACCGCCACGUGACCACGGCAGCUCGCGUCUUGGGCAUUGAUUUUACUGCUAGGCUUGGAGACAGCAACAGAGCCACUCAAGCCGAGCGAAUCAAAGGGGCCCUCGCACGCCUCAACCGCGUUGCAAUGAUGCCCAUAAACAUGCGCAUGAAAGCCAUACAUGCGGUCUCGAUUGUGAUCCCAAAGGCGGCAUGGGGGGCAUGGACGAGCCUAGUCCCUGUCCGUGCUCUUAAUGGCACCGUCAAAAAGCUUGCUGGAACUGGGCACAACCAAGCUUCACAAGACCUUUUUUAUUUGUUGGCUCGCCAUGGUCUCCACCCUGAGUUCUGCGCAGCAAUGCAAGCGUAUUCAUUCCUUACCACUGAAGUUCGCCGCCGCGCUCGUCCGUGGCCACAAAGAACCAUCAGAGGCACUUGGUUGCAUACAGUCACUUCCUGGCUGCAAUCCCUUGGCUGGGAUGAAGUUGGAGCCUUUCAUUGGAGACAUUCUGAUAUUCAGGUAGACAUCCAAUGGUCGCAUCCACUCAGUCCUGCGGAAGGAGAAAAAGAAAAACAUCACAUUCGUGAAACUUGGAGACGGCUCUUGUUCGAUCAAUUCCUUGCCAGUUCCCGCCGAGAUUCCCAAGCUGUUGGCAACCCUGCCUAUGAUGAAGCUUGGAUUACACGUGCCAGAAAAUUGUUUCAGGAGGCAGACACGCACGGUCGUGCGGUCAUGGUCGGUGCUGUUGUAUCAGAUGCCAGAUACGACCGUAUGAAGCGCCGUGAAAUUGCACAUUGUCAGUGGUGUCGUGAUCCUGAUGCCAUCCCUGGAUGGGUUCACCAUGCUUGGGAAUGCCCAGCUUUUGCUCAGGGGCGACCUCUGACUCCUGACAAUGCUUUUCAGAAAAUUCUAGGUUGGCCUGUUGGUCAAUCCGCAGUUGACAGAUCCGUGCUGGACCACUUGGCUCUUGUGAGGUCCCGUGUGUUGGAUCAACGUUACAGAGGAUACUGCAAGCUGCAGCACGGUUUGGGUGGUGCGGUGGUGCGGACGACGCGCCAAGUGCGGUCAACGAGGCCCUUGUCUCGCCGGAAACACCCAGUUCGAAUCGGCCCUGGUAUCGUAAGGUGGCUGGAGGAGCGUGUCAAGGGCAAGGUUCCUGCGUAA